CCAUCAUUAGAUUCGUGUUCACCUUCUUCACCUUUUCCCCACCGCCGUGGCCUAUACAUCCACUCUACUUGUAUCUAUCUUUCCCCCAUUAAAAUCCAAAACCUGACAUUCUUUUCCCCUUCAACCGAAUUUCUUAAACUUUCCCCUUUCCUUUUCCAUUGGGUUCUGAUUUAUCUAAUUAAUUGAAAAAAGAACCCAUUUUUUUUUUCCCAAUUAAUCCACUUCUAUACAUCUGUUAUUGUGCAGAUCAAUGAUUUUGGAUUCCGUAUUUUGAAAGGAAAGGAAUUAGACGUAGUAUGGGCAAUAUUGGGAGUAGUGGGGUGCAAGGGUGGAGAAGGAGCUCGAGUGGACGGAGCCACCCGCCUCCGCCGCCGGCGCCGCCUCCACAGACUCCGCAACCAGAGAUCACCGCGAACAGGUAUGUUUUUGCGGCAGCGACUCCUUACCCUUCAUCCCAAUACCCGAACUCCAACUUUCCUGCUUAUUACCAACAGUACCCGGGGUACUACCCGCCUCCUCCACCGUCGAUGCCGAUGCCUCUACCCGCACCACAUGAACACCAACACGCGGCUGCCCAUGCCAAUUGGGUUAACGAGCGGUACCCGUAUGGACCCAUGAUGCAGCCUCCGGCAACAUGUGUGGAGCACCAGAAGGCUGUUACUAUUCGAAACGAUGUUAAUUUGAAGAAGGAAACUCUAAGGAUCGAGCCCGACGAGGAGAACCCUGGAAAGUUCCUCGUUGCUUUCACUUUUGACGCCACAGCUGCUGGAAGCAUGACCAUAGUUUUCUUUGCUAAGGAGGGUGAAGACUGUUGCCUGACUCCAAUGAAAGAAAGCUUACUUCCGCCUAUUACGAUAAAUUUUCAACAAGGUUUGGUACAGAAGUUUAAACAGCCCUCUGGAACUGGGAUAGACCUUUCAAUGUUCGAGGGCGCAGAACUGUCGAAAGUUGGUGACACGGAUGUGUACCCUCUAGCAGUUAAGACAGAGGCUUCCAUAGAUAACGAAAAUGGAAACCCAGAUAUUGGAUCCAAGAAUUCCCAAAUAACCCAAGCCGUGUUUGAGAAGGAGAAAGGUGAAUAUCAGGUUCGGGUGGUGAAGCAAAUAUUAUGGGUUGAUGGCAUGAGAUAUGAACUACAAGAGAUUUAUGGGAUUGGAAAUUCAGUUGAGAGUGAUUUUGAUGGGAAUGAUCCUGGAAAAGAAUGUGUCAUAUGCCUUUCAGAACCCAGAGACACGACUGUCCUGCCUUGUCGACAUAUGUGUAUGUGCAGCGAAUGUGCAAAAGUAUUGAGGUUCCAAACAAAUAGGUGCCCAAUUUGCAGACAGCCAGUCGAACGGCUUUUGGAGAUCAAGGUCAACAAUGGGACUGAUCACUGAUGAAUGAAGAAGAUUAGCUUCUGCUCUGUGCUUCAAAGUUUUUACAUUUUUUGUGUGUUUUUUUUUUUACCCUUUUCUACAACGCGUCCUGCCCUUGGUUCCUAGAUUUCAAUAAUCAAGAUUGGAUAUCUCGAUGGUAUGCAAUGUGUCUAAAGCAUGGAUCUAGUUCACGAAAACUGGAUAUGCUGUAUGCAAUUUCCUUGAUAUGAUUUUGGGGAGUGGUGAGUGCCAUUUCCUGUUGCUCACAAUUGUUCAAUACAAGAUGUAUAGAACGUUUGGCUUGCUUUCAAUUACUGGUUCGACUUAUGUUAUUAUUC